UCCCGCGCGCGGCUUUCACGCCCCGCGCGUGUGAAGAAGGUUCUCGAUUCGUGCCGGGGGUUGGUUUCGUCGCUUAAAAACCCGUCGGUCUCCGCAUUUAAAACCACUGAAGCGAAAACGGUUUUCGAACCACAGCCCGCGCCCGUUCCCGCUGCGCAUUUAACGUGCUCCUUUCUCCCGGGGCGGGGACCAAUGGCGGCCGGCCUGUGGGCACGGCUCUUGUUCUUCGUUGUCGUCGGUUUCCGUUACAUCGUCGGGACCAAGCUGAACGUCCCCAAAGUGCUGCUGCCUUACUCCGCAACCGUGAAGGUUAACUUUACCCUGGAGGCCGACGAAGGGUGUUACCUAUGGUUUUCAACAAGACCAGAUGUGGCAACUAUUGAAGCUAUAUUUCAGAAUGAUACUGAUUGUUCACAUACAGCACUGAUAUCUGUCCGCUCAACUCAGCUUACUCGCCUCACCAGCAUAAUUAUAGCUGAGGAAACAGUGACAGGACAAGUAUUGCGCUGUGAUGUAAUGGUUGAUGUAAUAAGUGAAAUUGAAAUUAUAUCAACAACCCGGGAGCUGUAUGUUGAUGACUCUCUCUUAAAAUUAACAGUCAGAGCAUUGGAUGAGGAAGGCAAUACUUUUAGUAGCUUGGAAGGAUUUAUUUUCGAAUGGAGCAUUGUGAAGAAUGAAGAUAUGGAUAACAUUGCUGAAUCGCCAAGUAAAAUUAGAAUAAUGAAGUUUUCGGAGUCCACUUAUUUACCACCUGCACAUAUAGCAAGAAUGGAAAAAGAUGGACUGCAGGGCGACAUCAUUCUUGUAUCUGGGCUAAUGACUGGUACUGCUAACCUGAAAACACGACUGCAGGAUGCUAUAUAUAAGAAUGUUCCUGCUGCAUCAAUACGUGUCACUAUUUUGGAAAACAUUAUCUUGAGUCCAGCCCAUGAUAUUUAUUUGUUGAUAGGCUGUAUUAUUCGCUACAGAGUUGCUAAAGUUGUAAAUGGGAAAAUGACAGAAAUUGAGAUGCCAUCCGAACAGUACAAAUUGGAGUUAAAAAGUGAUGAAACGGGCUCUGAUGUGGACAGAACAGUCGCAGAACUGGAUUCUGACACCUGCAUUGUCACAGCAGUCCAAGAGGGGCAGAUUAACUUAGUUCUUACAUAUAAGAAUAUUCACAUGCAAGCAUUUUCUCAGCUGCCCAAUUCUACAAUAUAUGUUGUAGGGGCUGGUUUUCUAGGUUUUUCUGUCUUUCCUGGAGAAAGGUGGGUUUUGGAAGUAGGAAGAACAUAUGAAUUUAGAGUGGAAGUUUACGACAAAAGCAGUAAUAAAGUUUAUUUAUCCGAUAAUUUAAAUAUUGGCACUACCAUUCCGGAAUCACACUUCAGAAUCUUGAGUAAAUCUGUUAAUGGAACUUAUUAUAAUGUUGAUGUUUUGCUGGCUGGCCAAGAAAUAAUUAAAGCUUCACUCUUUGGAGUAGCAGGAGAGAGCCUGGUUAUCCCCAUUACCAACCACCAAGAAGUAACUAUUUAUGAACCAAUAAUCCUGAAGCCUAAAGUCCUUGUGUUCCCUUGGCAUCCCAAACCCCGAAGUUAUCGACACUUAAUUCAGGUUAAUGGUGGAAGUGGUAACUUUACGUGGUCAUCAGGUAAUGAAAGUGUAGCUCUGGUGACAGUAAAAGGUGUUAUAGCAACCAGUGACAGCCGAGGUUUCAGCAUUAUACAUGCUAGAGAUGUGGAUAAUCCAAUUCACUUUGGCAAAAUGCAAAUCAAUGUGCUGAGGCCAGUCAGUAUAGAGUUUGUCCAAUCCCGUGUAGAAAUUGAGGUUGGUCAGACCCUUGAUCUACCUAUCAUGGUUUAUGGGCUCAUGGAUACUGAUGCCAUGGAAACGGUUCCAGUGAAUAAUUGCACAUUAAUGAACUUGGCAGUGGAGAUGGACAAGCAAGGGAUAUUCAAGGUCAUUCAAGGGAGAUUAGAGCCAGAUGCUGCACAUUGCACAGGAAUACGCGUUGAAGCAGAGACACCCGGCCAUACGGUACUAACAGCUAGUGCUGGAUUUCUGGAGGUCCAUUUUAGCAGCAGUAUCACCAUUGCUUCUUACCAGCGGCUUAGAGCUAUUGAUCCAGUUGCUGUUGCUAUAGUCACACUGACUUCUUCAAAAGAAAUGCUGUUCGAAGGAGGACCUAGACCUUGGGUGUUAGAGCCAUCUGGAUUUUUCACAGAUCUGAUUGGCGAAAAGGGGGAAGCAGUAAUCAUCAAACAACAAAGAGCUCCAUUGGUAAAAAAGAAAAAUCACCAUGGGUUUAGAAUAAUUUGUGUAUCCUUGGGAGAACAGUUUCUGACAUUUAAAGUUGGUAAUCAUCCAAGCUUACUGAACCCCCAUCCAGCCAUUGAAUCGAUUAAAGUGAAGUUUGUUUGUGCUGUGCCUACCAGUGUCACUUUGGCUGCUGUUUACAAGUCACGUGAAUUUGGUCUUCCGUGUCCCCUGUUGCAGCACAACAAACAAUUGGUACCUGUUUCCUUUUGCAGGAAUACAAUUUUGGAGCUAACAGCCUACGAUAAAUAUGGUCGAAAAUUUGAUAACUUCACUUCACUACAAAUUAAUUGGAAAUCAUCCAACUUUUCUUUGGGCAGUUUUCAUCCAGCAAUACAAAUGGAAAUGUUCUUAAGGGAUGACGGAAGUGGACAGAAGAGGCUUCAUGGUCAUCGGAUGGUUGUAGUUUACAAGAGGAAAGGAACAAUGACUAUUUCAGUAUAUCUGGUCGGCUAUGGAAAAACUGAUACUGAGCUGCCUCAAAGCCAUGUUGAUGUUAGGUUUUCACCAGUAUCAGCCACUAUUGAUUUGUUGCUGGUGGAUGAUGUGUCCUUAGUGCCGAAAAAUCUCACUGUAUACAAUCAUCCUGAUGUUUUGGAAAUAGUUUAUUUAACUGAGGGCUCUGGAUACUUUUUCGUUAAUACUACUGAUACUGAGAUUCUGACUAGCACAUAUCUGGAGACCAAAAACUAUGUACAAAUAAGGCCACUACAAACAGGCUUUGUGACAAUGAAAGCAUAUGACCUCUGCCUGACAUGCAAAGGUCCAGCCAGAGCAGAAAUCUGUGUAUCAGAUAUAUUAGACUUUGAACUAAAUUUUAUUCACAAGAUUGAAAUUGGAAAGUCUGUUCCAGUUAACGUCAGGGUGUUGGAUUUCUUCAAGAAACCCUUUUUGAACAGAUACUUUCGUUACAUGAAUAUAAGCUUACAGGCAGCUUCCCCAAUUGUCACCUUAGAUCCAAUUACUGACUUGGAUAAAUAUGCUGCAAGUUACUUACUGAGAGCUGUGGCUUUGGGUCAAACCACUCUUAUAGCAAUGGCCAGAGACAAGUUUGGUCGAAAGUUGAGCUCUUCCCCACGUCAGAUUGAAGUAUUCCCCCCUUUUAGAUUAAUCCCACAGAAAGUGACCUUGAUCAUUGGUGGUAUGAUGCAGGUGAUGUCUGAAGGUGGUCCACAACCACAGACAAAUAUUCAUUUCUCUAUUAAUAAUGGUACCAUUGCUAAAGUAAAUGAAUUAGGGCAGCUGACUGCCCUAAUGGUGGGAACAGCAAAAGUGACUGGUAUUAUUCAAGCUGUCGACGAUGAUACAGGAAAAGUGGUUGUUUUCUCCAAGGAUGAAGUGACUGUAAAUGUGAUUCAACUAAGAGGGAUAAAAAUUCAUGCUCCAGUAACUAGAUUGAGGACUGGAACUCAGCUACCUGUAUAUGUGGUAGGAGUCACAAGUUACCAGACUCCAUUCACCUUCGGUAGUGCGGUACCAGGACUGACGUUUCACUGGACAACAACAAAGCGGGAGGUGAUUGAGCUUGUCAGCAGACACUCAGAGAUUUCUUUACAGCUUUCUGCAGAACAUAAUUUUGCUAUGCUACUGUAUAGCAAAGCAGAAGGGAAAACUGGUUUAAAAGUCACAGUAACCACACAGAAUCCAUCUGCUGCUCAGUUUGAAGGAAACUUUGACAGAUUUUCUGAUGAGAUUCAAAUUAUGGUGUUUGGAAUAUUGCAACUUUUGCCUCUCUCUUUGCCAGCAAAAGAAGUACUGAUGUCACCAAAUUCUCAUCUAAAGUUACAAACCUCUAGGGAUGGCAAAGCCUAUGUCAACUAUGAAGUGCGCAAAUGUCCUCACAAUAAAUCUGUGGUAAUGGAAGAUGGGCAUGGUGUCUUGACAUCGGGACCUCGAACUGGUUCUUCUGCACUCACGGUAACAUCACUUGAAUACUUUGGACUGAAUCAAACUAUUGUAACAGGAGUAAGGGUGGCUCCAGUGGCAUACCUUAGUAUUAACACCAGCCCAAAGUUACAUAUUGCCAAAAAUGAAGAACUGGCUGCUGUCCCUCUUGGAAUGACAUUGACUUUUAGAGUUAACUUUUAUGAUCUUAGUGGAGAGCAAUUCCACGCGCACAACACAGAAUUGUAUUUAGCUGUUAACAGGGAUGAUCUGCUGCUGAUUGGACCUGGUACUAGGAAUAAUACUUACGUGGCACAGGCUGCCAAUAUAGGAUUGACCCUGUUAGCAGUUUGGGAUAACAGGCACCCAGGCAUUGCAGAUUAUAUCCCAAUACCUACCCAAUAUGCGAUAUGGCCCAACAUAUCAGAGCAUGUGAUACUGAGUGAUGUGAUAUGUUUCAGCAGUGUACUGGUAAACCAAGAAGGUGAACCUGGGAACUGGUAUCAGUUAUCAAGUGAAGUUCUACAGAUUGAUCCGGCCACAGGAUUGGGAGUUACAAGGAGUACAGGGUCAACCACAGUAUAUUAUGAAAUUCCAGGAAUUGUGAGAACCUACAGAGAAAUCACAAUUAUUGGUGUAGGAAAAGCCACAGUUUCCUUUCAUGGUUUCACUUGUGUAAUUGGUCGUCCUAAUAUUAAUGUGUACAGAUUUCUUGUGACAACUAUGAACAAAGACAGCAGUCUGAGAGGAGACUGCAGUUUUGCUCAAGUUAAAGCUAUGUCAAAGCUAAACCCUGCAUCAAACCUUGCCUGUUCUGUGCGGUUUAGUAAUAUUGGAUUGCAGUUCCUAGCAGUUUCUGUUUUCUCUGUGGUACCAGAAUUCAUUUCUGAUACAGGUCAUUACAGUUGCACCGUCACAAUAAAAGAACUGUCAGACUCGGUACAUAAGGAGUUAAGUAUAGGCGGAGACACCUAUAUAUCUGUAAAAGCUUCUGUUCUGGGAGGCCAUUAUGCAGGUCAAGUUGGAAGAACAGAGAUUCCUUUCAUUCCUGGAUUUUUUAUGAACCAAUCAGUUGUGACUCUUAGUUACAAAGAGCCAACAGUUAACAUCACCAUUUUUGGUAUAGCUAAAGUAUUAAAUGAACUGGAGGUUCGAUCACAGUCACCUGCGAUUGUAGUGAGUAAGCCUGUUAGGUUACAUUCAUUGCACAAUGUUGUUUAUUCACUAAGUACUGCGAAUCUUAGCCUUCUUCAGCAAGGAUUACCAUGUACCAAUAUCAGUGUAUCCAGCAUCUUGACAAAACAGUCAGUACAUGUGACCGUCACAGUUCUGCGGAGUGGAGGCAAUGGUGGCACAACAGGCAAGAGAGAAUUACCUUUUGAGGAAUCCACUUUCUUUGACCAGCUGGUGGAAUCCUACCAAGUGUUGAUGUUCACCUUAUUUGCGGUUUUGGCUACAACUGCUAUAAUCUUUAUUGCUUAUAAUGCCUUCUUGACAAGGAUACAGACUAUCCCUGUAAUUUAUGUUUCUACAACACCACAGACAGGUUACAAUUCAACAACACCAUGCAGUAAUCCCCGAAGGCGAUAUCUGCAGUCCUGGCUGUGGAGUGUACGCUAACAAGUACUUAGGGGAAGGCAGUGCAGGCUGUGUUUAGCAGUAAAAAUUAUUUACUAAAUGUGGCUGUAUUUUUGUCAGUUGUGUUUAAGGAUCUAGCAAAAUGGAGCAACCAAUUCAAUCUUGUUCGCAUUGAGUAGCUUUUUUAGUAGCAGACGUUUGAAUUAUGACACUUGACUGCAUUUAAGACAGCUAUGUUAAAAAUUUUAACUUCAGGAUAUGGUGAAAUAUACCAUUAGUUUUUCGUGUAACUCAUAGGAAUUAUCCCAUUAAUAUCUCAUCACUAUACCAAAUUUCUGAAGGAAAGUGUAUAUUAGUGUGAUUUCUGUGGAUUUCAAGACAAUAAUUGGUGUGUGCUGUAGAGAAUGUCAUUUACAUUCAAAAGCAAUCAGCAAAACAUAUUUUACAUAGCACUCACUAUUAUUACAUUUUAAAUCAAACUUAUAGUUGAUUACACUACAUGAGUUGCUAAUGAACAAUCAUCGUACCCUCUACAGAGAAACAGAAUAAUAUUAAUACAACAAAUUGUGGUUCACUGUUGCAUCUUGUAAUUUAGACAUAUACAGUUUGACAAAAAAAAACUGGUUUAGCUUUGUUCUGUUUGUUGAAUGCAUUCUACAUCUGUCUUUAGGUUGGUGAGUGCAAGUUGUGUAAUACACAUACUCCUAACAUGCCUGCUUUUUUUCAGAUAUUAGCAUUAUAAAAUUUUGUCUUGUAAAACAGAGAGAAUUGAAUUUUGAUUGUUAUAAAGCUCAUGCAUUUUUAAA